AUGUCAUAUUCCAAUUUUAAUUAAGAGUAUCCGGAGACUAAGUCCCAUUCAGAUUACUAUGAUUAAUUAGAUAAGUUGGGAUAAAAUCAAACUCAAGCAACUAGAAGAAAUUCUCUUCCCAUUUAAUUAGAGGAUGGCGAAAAGAAAUUAAAAGAAAAAUACAUCCUCACUCGCAUAAAUGAACUAGGAUUGGACUAGAAUAAGGCUAUAUAUGUCCUGGAAAAUAUGGCAGAGGAAUGCAUUAGGCAAAAUGAUGAAAAUGUAGUUUUACAUAGAGUCAUUUAGACUAUUCUUUUAAUGGAAACGUUUCCAAAGGCAACAUCGAAAUAAUAAUAAGGACAUUAUUUUGACUAAAUCAAAUAAUUGAUAGGAAAAGUAAGUCCCAAUUUUUUUAGUUAUUUAAAUGAUUAAAAAUAAAGGGAAUAAUAAGAAAAUUUAUUAGGUCUAACUUGCAAUAUAUGCUUAAAUGAAUUGAAGAUCUAAAAUAUUAAAUUAGAAUUACUUCUUAAAAAUAAUAUUAGAGAUUGCCUGCAAAAUUAUAUCAUCGAUAAGAUUAAUAAUGGAUUGGUCGAAGAAAUUUAUUGUCCAUAAAUUCAUUGCGAGUUUAAAUUCAAUGAUGAUAUUUUGGAAUCCUUACUAGAUCAAGACAAUUUCAAUAAAUUGAAGCGAUUUAGAAAAAUCAGAAAGAUCUAAUUGGACUAAAAUUUUAUUUGGUGUCCUAGACCUGGUUGUGAAGAAAUAGUGAGAAAAAGUAAAAAGAAAACUCUCAAAUGUUCAUGUGGACAGCUUAUUUGCAAUAAUUGCAAUAUGAAAGUUCAUAGUAACCAACCUUGCAAAGAUCAAUUAGAUUAAGACAUUAUUAAAUCUCUUAAGAAGUUUAAAAUUAAAAAAUGCAAUAAUUGUGGUUCGCUUAUUCAAAAAAAUGAUGGAUGUAAUCAAAUGAUUUGUCAAUAUUGCAAAAAUUAAUUUUGUUGGCUAUGCUAAUAGAAAAUCACAGAUAAACACUAUAAAUAUUACAACUUAUUUGGCUGUCCUGGAUUGAGAUAUUCUCAUAGAGACCCUUAUAAAUAUCCAAAAAUAGUUAGAUUUUUUAGAUUUUUAUUUGUUCUAAUAUUUGGACCUCCAAUCUUUUUGAUUGGGUUUAUAAUUGGAUUCAUCGUUCUAUCAUUUACACUGCCUGCUAUUAUUUAUAUGGAUUGUGUCCAUUAAAAUAAAUUUUAGGAUUAUCAUUGUUGCAAGAAAACAGCCUAUAUUAGUUUAUUAUCGAUUGCUUGCAUAUUAUUAUCACCAUUGAGCUUUGUUUUUGUAACCAUUUGUUUAAUUCUACUUGGAAUUUUUUGGUUAUGUUAUGCAAUAUAGAUGCUUUAUCGGUGGCUAAAAAAAAAAUGA